AGUUGUAUAAUGUCAGCGGUGUUCCGCAGAGGUUUCUCCGUGUUCAGAAACCACAGCUUUACUUCUGUCGGUUCGGUUCGGUUCGGCUCCAGCUGUCAGGAACGGGUCCGCCGAUCUCUGCUGUCCGGGGACGUGGAUCGGUUCGGCGGGGUGACCGUGCGCGACUUUCCGCCAAACAUCAACGAAGAUGAGUUUAAAGAUCUACUGCGAGAGUCUCUCUCUCUGUGGCGCUCUGAAGGUCGGGUCGCAGUAUGGCUGCAUGUUCCGAUCUCUCUCAGCCGAUUGGCCGCAGCAGCUGCAUGUCACGGUUUCAGCUUCCAUCAUGCCAGGAGAGAUCAGUGUGUCCUCAGUCUGUGGGUCGGGCCGGGCGAAGACAGAUUGCCCACGUUUGCCACACAUCAAGUAGGAGUCGCUGGUGCAGUUGUGGAUGAAUCGAAGGGUAAAGUUCUGGUUGUUCAGGACAGAAAUAAGACUAAGAACGCUUGGAAGUUUCCAGGUGGUCUGUCAGAUCUUGGAGAAAACAUUGGCGCGACAGCUGUUCGGAGGUUUUCGAGAAACCGAGUCCGAUCAGAAUGAUCUCUCCUGAGUAUUCGUCAGCAGCACAAUCAUCCCGGAGCGUUCGGUAUGUCCGAUAUGUACCUGAUCUGCAGACUCCGUCCGCUUUCGUUCGACAUUAACUUCUGCACCCAGGAAUGUCUGCGCUGUGAAUGGCUGGAUUUAGCGGAACUCGUCAAGACCAGCGAGACGACGCCGAUCACAAGUCGUAUCGCAAAGAUUCUCCUGUACGGUUUGGAAAAGGGCUUUCACAACAUCGACCUCACAAUGGAGGAGCUGCCGGCGGUGUAUUCCGGCAUGUUCUAUCAGCUCUACCACAGGCGGCUGCCGGAGUCGUGAGAGACGUUGUAAAUGUAAUUGAACCCUAAACACUCUUAACACUAAAGGUUCCAGUGGAAACUAAAUAACGGUUUAAUAGUUGGAUAAGAGAAACAAGAUGCACGAGGGUGACCUCGCAAAAACAAGAACAUGCCAAGGUCAAAUUUCACCCCAUAUUUAAUGGAAAAAUCUAAGAAUUUGGAUUUUGCAUCGAAAUAUCGAAACAUCGAUUUUUCGAGAAAUUUCGUUGGUUCACAUUGUCCCAUUUUUUUGAAUGCUAAUUAAAUUAAUUAACAAAUUUUAGCCAAAUUAAAAUGAACAAAUUUUAUUUUGACUCAUUUGAACUAAUUAACUAAUAAAAAAUGUUAUUAUAUGUGGAAAUGGGAUUAAUCGUCAUGAAAAUAAUAUCACGCUUUCUUUAGGCAACAUAUACAGUAAAUUAU